AUGUCGCGCCGCGAGGGCCGCGUGGAGCGCGCCGAGGGCCCCGCGAUGCCUCCGCCCAGCAAAUGUGCCAAAGUGCUGUACUACACGUGGCGGCUGUGCUCGGUGGUGUUCUCGCACUUCGUGAUGAUCAGCCUCGUGGUGGCCUACUGCAUCCUCGGCGCCGUCACCUUCGAGCGCUUGGAGGCGCAGUACGAGCGAGAGGUAAAGAUGAACAUCUCGAGGAUCCGCGAGAACACGACGCAGAGCAUGUGGCUGAUGACGACGCGCGUGCCGCUGCUCAACCAGAGCAACUGGACCUCCGGCGCCGUCGACAUGCUCAAGGACUUCGAGAACUCUAUCCUGCUGGAGAUGAAGGUGCGCGGCUGGGACGGCAACGAGAGCACCGACCACAUCCAGUGGACCUUCACGGGGGCCCUGUUCUACUCCAUCAUUGUCAUCACCACCAUCGGCUACGGGCACAUAGCCCCGAAGACGCAGACGGGGAAGGUGGUGACCAUCUUCUACGCCAUCCUGGGCAUCCCGCUCAUGCUGCUGUGCCUCUCCAACAUCGGAGACGUCAUGGCUUCAUCGUUCAGAUUCCUGUAUUGGCGCGUGUGCUGCUACGUCUGCACGCGGCCUCCAAAGCGGCGGCAUCGACAUCACCAUCCUUCCAUCAGGCGCUCGGGCCGCGGCGGCAGCACGCGCGGCUCCACGCGCCGGCGCCGGCCCGUCGAGCGUGCUCACUCCGACACGGAUUGCAGGUACCGCGACAGCGGGUACAGCAGCGGGCGGGCGCGGCGGGCGCGCGCGCCGCCCCACGCGGCCCCGCCCGCCCCGGCGCGGCCUCGCUCGCAGCCGCCCUCCACCUACGCCAGAGGAUAUGCGCCAAGGGAAUUUCUUGACCGAGAUGAUAGAUCUCCGGUUCAAUAUGAACGAUAUGGCCGAGACACGUAUGAGGAGGAAGAAGAAGAUUUCCCAAAAAUCUCAUUACCUCUACAAGAUUUAGAAGCUGCUUUGAAAGAGUUAGAUAAUCAUCAGAAAAAAAUAACUUCGAAGCCUGAUUUGCGGAGUAAAUCAUUACCGAGACCUUCAAAACCCAAGCCAGAUUAUGGUCCAAGAAGAGACUUUGAUGACUCCAGACAUUACGAAAUGGAUGAUAGAAAUAUGUUCGAAAUGCAUGACCUCCACGAUGUAGACUACGAGAAUUACAAAGAGAGGAAGGCAUUGGAGGAAAGGGACAAAAAACAGAGAGAGCGAGAUGAUUACUAUGCAAGAGAUCGUGGUUAUGAUCCGGAAGAUGAUGAUUAUGAAUUUGAUAAUCCGAGGAGUAGGAGGGAUCGUAGUGAUUGGAGAAUGGGCCGAGGCAGGUCUGAGUAUUACGAGCGCGAGCGCGAAGACUACGGGCCGAGCAAGCGCGGGCGCCGGGCCAAGAGCGCUGCGUACGAGUACGAGCACCGCUGGGACGACGACCUGGAGGACGGCAGGCGGCCCGACCCCCGGGCCCGCCGGCUGCGGCGCCUGCAGACCGUCGAGGAUGGCGCAAGACCGUACAGACACUAUACUCCAUCGCCAGAACGAGACGAUUGGAGCGAUGAAGUAGCAAUACCAAAACGAAAUCGGCCUCCAGUUUGGGGCUCUCGCCAGUCGGAAAUCUACGCAGUGGAGGCACCUGUUAAAGAAGAGAUCAAGCCGGUCCCCAUCUGGUUGUGCGUGUUCCUUGUAGCGUCGUACAUCGUGGCCGGCACGUUCCUGUUCAAGCAGUGGGAGGGCUGGGAGUACCUGGACGCGGCCUACUUCUGCUUCAUCACGCUCACCACCAUCGGCUUCGGGGACUUCGUGCCCGCGCAGGGCCAGAACACGGAUGAGCCGGCAGCGGCGGUGCACUCCAUCGCGCUGUGCUCGCUGUACCUGCUGUUCGGGAUCGCACUGCUGGCCAUGUCGUUCAACCUGGUGCAGGAGGAGGUGCGCGCCAACGUGGCAGCGCUGGCCACCAAGCUCGGCAUCAUCAAGCCGCGCGAGCCCUCCGACGCGGGCACCGACUACUGACACCGAACUGUUUUGACAUAAAUAAAUACUUUCUUCUAAAGCCCGGUCUCCGAGCACGUAGAAUCUUGUUGCUGUCGCGCUCGCACACUCACUGCAGGCGCCCGUCGCACAGACGCGACAGCAAUAUAAUUACGCGCGAGCGAUAAGGAUGGGUAGCUUGGGGUCAUUGGACAAAAUUCUACGUGCUCGGAGACCAGACUAUAUCUAUCUUUACUGGAA